CGCGGCGCCCAGAGCUGCGAUCCGCGCGCCCCGCUCCGCCGCCGCCGUGGCCCGGGCCGCCAUGUCUCUGUGGAAGAGAACCGUCUACAAGAGCGUGUGCCUGUCCCUGGCCUUGCUCGUGGCCAUAACGGUAUUCCAGCGCAGUCUGACCCCCAGCCAGUUUCUGCAGGAGCCCCCGCCAGCCUCCCUCAGGCAACAGAAGGCCCAGAAACCCAGCGGACUCUUGGUGAACCCUGACAGCUUCUGGAAGAGCGCGAAGGAGGUGGUCACCCCCACUCCCGUGGUUUCACGGAGGCCCCAGGCCUGGGACGUGAACACCACUAACUGCUCGGCCAAUGUGAACUUAACCCACCAACCCUGGUUCCAGGGCCUGGAGCCACACUUCCAGCAGUUUUUAUUAUACCGCCACUGCCGCUACUUUCCCAUGCUGCUCAACCAUCCGGAGAAGUGCAGCGGCGAUGUGUACCUGCUGGUGGUCAAGUCCAUCAUCGCGCAGCAUGACCGCCGCGAGGCCAUCCGCCAGACCUGGGGCCGCGAGCAGGAGUCAGCGGGCAGGGGCCGUGGCGCGGUGCGCACUCUCUUCCUGCUGGGCAAGGCCUCCAAGCCAGAGGAGCAGUCCCACUACCAGCAGCUGCUAGCCUACGAGGACCGCAUCUACGGGGACAUUCUGCAAUGGGACUUCCUUGACAGCUUCUUCAACCUGACCCUCAAGGAGAUCCACUUCCUCAAGUGGCUUGACAUCUACUGCCCUGACGUCCGCUUUGUCUUCAAGGGUGAUGACGAUGUCUUCGUCAACCCCACCAACCUGCUGGAAUUUCUGGCCGACCGGCGGCCCCAGGAGGAUCUGUUUGUGGGUGACGUUCUGCAUCACGCCCGGCCCAUCCGCCGGAAGGAUAGCAAGUACUACAUUCCCGGGAUCUUGUACAACCAGAACAGUUACCCGCCCUAUGCAGGUGGAGGGGGCUUCCUUAUGGCCGGGGGACUGGCCCAGCGCCUGCACCACAGCUGCGAUACCCUGGAGCUUUACCCCAUCGACGAUGUCUUCCUGGGCAUGUGUCUGGAGGUGCUGGGCGUGCGGCCCAUGGCCCACGAGGGCUUCAAGACUUUCGGCAUCUCCAGGAAUCGCAACAGCCGCAUGAACAAGGAACCCUGCUUCUUCCGCUCCAUGCUUGUUGUGCACAAGCUGCUGCCCACCGAGCUGAUGGCCAUGUGGGAGCUGGUGCAUGGCAACCUCACCUGCUCCCGCAAGCUCCAGGUGCUCUGACCCGGCCCAGGCCAUCAGGAUUGAUGAGGAACAUGUGCCCCAGAGUCCCUGCAAGUCAUGAGGCUGCAGCUGCAAGGCCAGGGCACCGCCUGUGGUCCCCUGCAGGGAGGUGGAGGGGUGGGCCUUACGUGCCCCUGGGUGUGGUGGGGUGCGGGUGACCAGGACUGAGGCCUGGCCACGUUCUGAACGGCCCAGACUGGAGACUGGUUCUCUGGCAGCUCUCCUAGCCUGGGUCUGUGGUCUGGCUCCCUCUGACCAGGCAGGAGGCCCUGAUGGCCUCUGAAGGAACCCUGUGCUCAGGUACCCAGGCUCGACCUGCCCUCGGAGGGAUCCAGGGCUGCCCUCUUGUCUUCACAGAAAAGAUCCUCCGGCUUCUGUGAAAUGCCUCAGUCUCCCGGUGGGCUGCUUGGGCAGCCCUUUCAGGAGAAGCUCAACCCUGUGCAGGCUCACAGGCCUCCUCCCGUCAACGCCUCCGGGGGCUCCUGGAGACCGAGCCUCAGAAGGCCCUCAGCAACCCCCUGCCCUCCGGCCCCUGACCUUCCUGGGGUUUGACUGCACAGUCUCUGCUCCCAAGUGGCUUUACCCCUGGCUGCGUCCAAUGCUGCUCUGUCUGGCUCCCUUCUGUCCGGAAGCCGGAGCAGCCGCUCUGACUACCUCAGUGAUCCUCAGAACCUCUGGAUGGGCUGCAGCCCCACCUCACCGCAUGCCCCCAACCCCCGACUCCACUGCCCCCAGACGCAGGGCCAGAGAGCCGUGCUCCGGUCCCAGCCGUCCCUGUGCUGCUCCGCGAGGCCUGGCUCCCCCAGUGGGAAACCAGCUGGUCUGACCCUGGAAGGAUAUGCCUCCAUUACUGUGAAGUUUUAUUUAUGAAGAAUUCGGAGGGAGAAGGCGCCAGGCCUCGGAGGGUCGCGGGGGGAGGUGGUGUUCUUCUCUUCCCUUAUUUCAGCAAGACACUACCUGCCUCUGGCACUCUUGCCCCCUCAGCCCCGUCCCCACCCCAACACCGCCCCCCGACGCCCAUCACAGCACCCCCUCCCCCAGCCUCCAGAGCCAUGCCCACCUGCACGCCUACUUCUCCAGGCCCUGAGCAGACCAGCAUUGGCCCCUGUGAAGGGAUGGAGUGGACUUGGUGCCCACCCCACUCGGGUUCAGGGGGUCCUGGGGGGUGGCUGAAGAAGAUGUCACCUUGCAUCAGGGUCAAGUCCCCUGGGAAAAGUGAAGGAUUAACUCUUAUUUUCUUAAUAAAAGGGGACUGUUUUUUUUUCCCCUC